GCUGCGGGUUGGCCGGCGCUUCACCUGCCGCGCGGCGUCAUUGGGCCACGGCUCUCCGCGCCCCCGCCCAUUGGUCGCACCGCCCCUUAAGUGCGUUUCGAUUGGCCGCGGCGGCCCGACCCGGUAUCCGGGUAAGAUGGCCGCAGUCGGCGAGUGCUCGCUCCCCGCGCCGUGGCGGCCGGUCUCCCUCACUCACGUCGAGUAUCCCGCAGGUGAUUUCUCGGGGCAGCUCUUAGCUUAUUUGAGUCUUGGUCCAAUAUUCAUUAUUGUUGGCUUUGUAACACUCAUCAUAUUCAAGAGAGAGCUUCACACGAUCUCUUUCUUGGGAGGGCUGGCAUUCAACGAGGGAGUGAACUGGUUAAUAAAAAAUGUAAUCCGGGAGCCUCGGCCCUGCGAAGAAGCCCAUUCAACAGUGACCACAAAAUAUGGGAUGCCGUCCAGCCACUCCCAAUUCAUGUGGUUUUUCUCUGUCUAUUCCUUUCUGUUCCUUUAUUUAAGAAUGCACCAAACAAACAAUGCAAGGUUUCUGGAUUUACUAUGGCGACAUGUGCUGUCCAUCUGCCUCGUCACAGUGGCUUUGCUAGUCUCAUAUAGUAGGGUUUAUUUGCUUUACCACACCUGGAGCCAAGUCUUAUACGGAGGUGUGGCAGGAAGCAUUAUGGCCAUAGCCUGGUUUGCCUUCACACAAGAGAUAUUAACUCCUCUCUUCCCAAGGAUAGCUGCAUGGCCAAUUUCAGAGUUUUUUUUAAUCCGGGACACCAGCCUCAUUCCGAACAUCCUGUGGUUUGAAUACACAGUCACAAGAGCAGAGGCAAGAAACAGACAGCGCAAGCUGGGUACGAAGCUCCAGUGACGUGGGAAACACGGGGACCAGAGCGCACGUUUUAACAGAGACGAGCAGAGACCUGGGAGCAGCGAGGAGCCUUUUACCAGACGGACCAAAGGAACAGGCAGGGACCAUUCCCCAAACCUGAAAGCCUUUGCUCUGCUUUAGCAGCUAGCUGGAUGCUCCCUGAUGCAUGUGGGACCGUGCAGGAGUUAGAAACUCAUUUUUCAACACAGAUGCACAUUGCCGGUUGGAAUGUACCAUCGUGUCUACGUCAAGGGCGGGGGGAGAAAAUGCCUGGUGUCAUGUUCGGGGGAGGGAAAACCAAAAAUGAAUCCUUUCUGUGACUUUUCUUUUUUUUUCAGCAUGAAAUAUACACACUAUUUAUUUAUUUUUUUAAAUUGAACUAUUGUUUUUGGGGUGGGUGAGGUAUUGACUGUGUGUUUUGGUUCUUUUGUUUGGAAGAUGAUGACAAAACUAAUCUCAAGUUGACCAUGCUUAAGUAGGGCUUUUAAUUUUUAAGAACUUUGUAGGAGGGAGGGGAACUAGGAUGGGGUGAGCUAAGCAGAAGGGAGAGGAAAACUUCCUGUCCUUUCUGCAACCAGUUUGGGAGAUCAAAAUCAAUUCCAACUGCACUUUGUAUGGAUGGGAAGACUGAAGAUCUGAUUUCUAACACUAGUGACAGUUCUGCAGGGAAGCCUGCACGGGUACCGUUAAGGGGAGUGUGUGUGUAAAACAAAGGAAAAACUGAAAUACACUGACUAUUUUUUUUCCACUGCUGCUCCUGUUGUAUAAUUAGCAAGAGUGUCUCUCUCAGAAUCUCUUGUAGGUGGCAAGAUUAUCAUACAUAUCUCAUGUUUACUCCAUCUCUUCCUUUAUAUUACACUUUUAUUACCUCAGGGUUGCUGUGAUCUGUACAGCUUCUGGUGUUGUACUGAGUGGGAUGCUGAUGGCACUAGGAAGCCCAUUGGUUACAUGUAAGAGUCAGCCCAAAGCCUUACAAAAUUCAGUUGCUAGUCUCCGUCUUAAGCACUGGAUUUUUUUUCCUAUUAAAACUCAAGGGAGGGCUUUUUAAGAACGAACGAAGUGACAACCAUAAAUGAAUAACAUGGCAAAUGACUAAUAACUAGCUCAGCUGUUGUGUGAAUUAUUUCUUGAGGAGUCCCGUUAGAAUCCCGCUGUGAACUGGAGUAGCAAGCUCGUCCCGGCAGAGACUCCUGCUGGUUACUGGCUUGGUCGGGGUUCUGCAGUAGCAACCUCAAUGCGGAGCUCCUCCAAGCAAGUUUUGCUUUCCAUCCUUGUCCCAUUCUGCUUCUUCACCCCGGCAGUCAGCUCUCUGCGUGCUGUGUCCCUGGGGGCAUGUUCCUGCCAUCUGUGGCUGGUGAUGCCUCCGACAUGUGCGAUCCAGGGGUUCACCUGGCAAGGGCUCAGCUCAAAGUGCUUCAGGGCUGUGCAUGGACACUUUCUGUAUCUCUAGUACAUAAUGCAGCAGUUCAGGUGUAACGCCAGAGAAGUGUUUAUUCAAAGCACAAUUGACCUGAACUUUUGGAGAUGCAGGACAGCUUUUGAACAGGCUCAGAGGUCAUUGUGUGCCUUUGCCGUCGUGACAAGGGGUAAAAUGACUGGCACAUCUCGGUCUUGCUGCCUGUUUUACAAUCGCCACUUUAAUCAGACUCCUGCGUUAUAAAGCUGCUUGAAGUGAGAUGUUUCUGUUCAUCUUGGUUAUUUUUCUUAAACUUUUCAUCUGUGCCUGUUGCCAUAGGAGUUUGUGUUCAUAGGGAGUGGGAGCUGCUGUAGAAAUGGCUGGACAACCAGAAUGUGAACUGUAGAAAGCAGUGAUCCUCAUCUAGGAGGUCAGGAAUAAAGGCUGUUUAAAGUUCUGCGUUUAAGUAGCUAUGGGUAGUAAACUACCCGUGUUCAGUUGCCAUGGCAAAUAUAUAUAUAUUUUUAAGAACUUUAGUAUUUGCGUAACACGAGCAAUCCUGUUACCGUCUGAAGGACCUGAGCACUGGAUCUGCUUUGAAGGUGCAUCAGAAUAAAGAAGCAUCUUGCAGCUUUCACAAGGACAUUGGAUCAGACUUUAAAAAGCUCUGUUAAAAUGAGAAAGGACAUCAAUAGGCUGCAGGGUGUGGUGGUACCAUAUGUUUCAGUUUGAAAGCUGGUACUAUAACUUAUUUUUCACAAAAACAUAUUUUUGUCUAUCUCUUGUAAGUUAACUUAGAAAGGCAGAAGGGAGAUCACAGCUCUGUUCCCCAAGGACAAGGCUGGAAGUGGAUUGUUUCCAGAGGGGUGAGCAGUUACGACAGACUGCUGGAGAAACUGUGUGGAAGCAUCUGUUGAGAACUAGAGCACAGGGAAGAAGUUUCAUCUCACGGAGAGCAGUGUAGUGUAAAAAACUGUUCCAGUCUGUGUUGCCUUCCAACCCAAGCUUCCUAAGGUAAUUCUUAUGGAGAGGAAAAGAGCUCUUGUAAGACACUAUAAUAAACUCUCCUCCGUUCUCUGCGAGUUGUUUGUAAUCUGCACCUUUUCCCUACUUUUGCUGUACCUUUCCAGAAAUCUUUGCAAUACUUGAUAUAGUAAUUCCUUAGUGAUCCCAUGGAUUUUUCUUAACUAAAUGGUGCUGUGCAGAAAAAAAUAUUUGAGCUCUGCCUUAUUAUCUUACACUUGUAUGAAGUCUUGUGCCACUAGUUUUCUGAAAUGGGAUAUUUUCUUUGGAAUAUGUGGCUUUGCAAGCAGAUGCUUUCUGUUCCUCCCCUGUACUUGAGGGGCUGGAUGGAGAUGCCAAGACAAUAAAAGGAAGGUGACAGAA